AUGGGCGCGACCGGCGCGACCGGGACCGGGGCGAUAGGGACCGGGGCGACCGGGAUCGUGGUCGGGACUAUGGGCGGGACCGGGACUAUGGGCGGGACCGGGACUAUGGGCGGGACCGGGACUAUGGGCGGGACCGGGACUAUGGGCGGGACCGCGGAGGCUAUCGUCGUGAUCGGGGCGGCGACCGAGGCGGCGACCGUGGCGGCGACCGUGGCGGCGACCGGGGCGGCGACCGAGGCAGUGCGCCUCGAUCGCUACACCGCCGAGCAGCGCGAGCACCAGCGGGCCCAGCUCCGCGGGCGCCCGGUCGCGAUGUGGGCUCACUCGCCGUCGCCAACACCGCUUCCGAGCCCACCGCCCGAGUCUGACCACGAUUCAAACUCCAACACGGGCGCCAACCCGAGUGCUAACUCGGGCUCGGGCUCGGGCUCGGGCUCGGGCUCGGGCUCGCAGUCGCGGUCGCGGUCGCGGUCGCGAUCACACCGGUCGCGAAAGAGCAGACACCGCAAGUCGCAUCGGUCGCGGCGGCAGCGCCGCAGCGCCCGAUCCCACUCUGGCUCCGACUCGGGCUCGGGUUCUGGCACGGGCACGGGCCCAGGGCAAGGUGAGCGCCGGGUUGUCGGCCCGCAGCGACCAACGACACGCAAAACGCAGCUAACGGCACGCGACCUGGGCAAGGCGCUGUUGCCGGGCGAGGGCAUGGCCAUGGCGUCGUACGUCGAGCAGAACAAGCGCAUUCCGCGGCGCGGAGAGCUGAUGAGCUCCGAGGAGAUCGCCAAGUUUGAGGCCGAGGGCUUUGUCAUGUCCGGCUCGCGCCACCGCCGGAUGAACGCCGUCCGUGUGCGCAAGGAGUCACAGAUCUACUCGGCAGCAGAGAAGGCCGCCAUGGCCCAGUUCAACUAUGAGGCCCAGAAGGAGCGCGAGCGCCAGAUCCAGGCCUCGCUCAAGCAGCUUGUGGCCAAGAAGACCCGUGCCCUCGACGAGUAACACCCUCUCGCCCCG